GACCAUACUGGAUCCAAAACAAGGCUACAUAGAAAAUGUUUCCGAGCAGCGAACCGUUUGUUAUCUCAGUGUCCAGUGUUACGGAUGGAGAGUAAUUUAUCCUUUUGUUUAGUUGUUUCCACCUGUGUGAUCGCAGAAGGCCUCCACAGAUGGAACCACUUCCUCAUUAGUUAAUGAUCCAAUCAUCUGUUCGUCCUGCCACUGUAUAAGUUGAAUUGUUUGCUUGGUUCAGGAGAGGCGGCUCUCGAUUUGGAUGUCUUGGUUGGUGCAGAGCACAGAGGUACAAUUCAAGAAACCUCGUGGUCCCUGCAUCCAGUCAGUGGCGAAAUGAGGUGUGAGGAAGCGACAGCCGCAGAUGCCUGUAGCACACUGCGAGACCCUCACUGAUGCGCACAGAAUCUCAUUAAAGGCUCUUGCAGACUUUCUCGCGAGCACCCUCCACCUGUACAUCAUGCUCCACCAGCUGGCGGAUCUGGAGGCGGCCAACGACAGCUGCCCUGGGACUGCCGCCGCCGUCUGUAACGCCACCUUGGCCGACGAUGCUCUCCAACUGCCCACUUUCUCCACGGCGGCUAAAGUGCGAGUCAUCAUCACCUUCAGUUUAUGCGCCGUGUCGGCCGUUUGCAACCUUCUAGUGCUGUGGGCGGCCGGAAAGGGCGGCAGACGCAAGUCGCACGUCAGGAUUAUCAUCAUGAACCUGACCGUGGCUGACCUGCUGGUCACUUUCAUUGUGAUGCCCGUGGACGCCGCGUGGAACAUUACGGUGCAGUGGCAGGCCGGAGACACCGCAUGCAGGCUUCUUAUGUUCCUCAAGCUGGUGGCCAUGUACUCGUGCGCUUUUGUCACUGUGGUUAUCAGCCUGGAUCGACAAUCCGCCAUAUUAAACCCGCUGGGAAUCAGGGAAGCCAGGAAGAAAAGCAAGAUUAUGCUGACGGUAGCCUGGAGCAUGAGCGUCAUCCUCUCUCUUCCUCAGAUGUUUAUAUUUCACAACGUGACCAUCACAGUGCCCGAAAAUUUCACCCAGUGCACCACGCAUGGCAGCUUCGUCCAGCGUUGGCAAGAGACAGUGUACAACAUGUUCACUUUCGCGUGCCUCUUCCUCCUUCCUCUGGCUAUAAUGAUCUUCUGCUACACCAGAAUCCUCAUUGAGAUCUCAAGCCGCAUGGCUCGCAAUAACGUGCUAUCCAGAGAUGUUCACCUCCGUCGCUCCCACAACAACAUCCCCAAAGCCCGGAUGAGGACUCUUAAAAUGAGCAUCGUCAUCGUGACGUCCUUCAUAAUCUGCUGGACUCCAUACUACUUGCUGGGCCUGUGGUAUUGGUUGUUCCCCGAAAGAAUGGAGGAGACGGUCUCUCACUCUCUCACGCAUAUGCUGUUCAUCUUCGGCCUCUUCAACGCCUGUCUGGACCCCAUCACGUACGGUUUGUUCACUAUGAACCUCCACCAUAGAAGGAAGAGUUACGGUCAAGCUUCCAACACACAGAUCACUAUGGACAACAACAAUUGCUUCAUGCACAUGACUCGCCGCCGCGUGGCUACAGACCGGCACACUGACUUGGAGGAACGGAGCGACAACAGCAGCAUAAAUAGCGGCUCAAGGGCAAUCGUGCCCGUGAGUGAGAUUUAAACGUGGACCGAUCAUUGUUAACAGCUCGUCCUCUCAAGUAAUCACACAUCGGGCAGGAUUUUAGAAAAUUCAGAUGAGCCAUGGAAUCAUGAUUUUAGUUAAGAAUUUGCACAUUUCUAAAUUUAACUACAACCUCAUUCCAGUUUGAAGGAGAACUGGAAAUUGAAAGAAUUUGCAUAACUGUCCCAACACACUUCCUUUAAUCACUUCUUAGAUAUGAUCAGAAGUGGUGAGCAAUGACAAGGAAUUAAGCACCCAUGAAAUGAAUUGAACUUCGACAAUUGAUUGACGACCGUGUAAAGGAUGGAGAGUGUUGCCAAGGUAAUAACCUUCUGGAACAUUUGAGAAUGCAGAAGCAACAGGUGUACAUUGGCACGAGUUCAAGAACAUUUUCCACACCUUGGCAACACUAAUUUUGACGACAGACAGAAAGACACUG